CUACACGUUUUACUUGCAAACUGGGCCAGCCAGGGCCCUUAGGUCUUGGGCGGUUUGAAGGAACCGAGCUAAAGGCUAGGGGGGCCAAGUGCUUUUUGAGCCCGACAGGGCUAAGGCCCGUGGGCAGAAAUGUUCCUUUACUCUCUUACUCUUAGCCGGGCCUCUGGUAUUCAGAGUGCUGUAUAUGGUAAUUUCUCGGCGCCGAAGGCACAGGAGGUGGUGGUUUCGCGCGGGAAGAUCCUGGAGCUGCUGAGGCCUAAUGAGAAUGGGAAAAUGCAAACGGUCGUGGCGACGGAGGUGUUUGGUUGCAUUCGUUCCAUGGCGGCAGUCCGCCUUACUGGCUCUAUCUUGGACCACCUGGUCGUGGGUUCGGACUCUGGAAGGAUCAUCCUGCUGAAGUUUAAUAAGGACAAGAACGUGUGGGUUAAGGUCCAUCAGGAGACCUUCGGUAGAUCGGGCUGCCGGCGGAUUGUCCCGGGCCAGUACAUAGCCGUUGACCCGAAGGGCCGAGCAUGCAUGAUUGGCGCUGUGGAAAAGCAGAAAUUUGUCUAUGUGCUGAAUCGCGAUGCGGCAGCCAACCUCACCAUUUCGUCGCCACUGGAGGCACACAAGUCUCACCAUAUCACUUUCAGCAUUUGUGGCAUGGACUGCGGGUUUGAUAACCCCAUUUUCGCCGCCAUUGAGCUGGACUACUCGGAGGCGGACCAGGACCCUACGGGCGAGGCAGCAUCGAUGGCUCAGAAGCACCUGACCUUUUAUGAGAUGGACCUGGGCCUCAACAACGUACUGCGCAAGUGGACGGAGCCCAUCGAUAACGGAGCAAAUCUGCUGGUUGCGGUGCCGGGCGGAGCGGACGGCCCGGGAGGCGUGCUAGUGUGCGCGGAGAACUUCAUCAUUUAUAAAAACCAGGACCACGAGGAGGUCCGUGCCGUCAUUCCCCGCCGCAGCGACCUCCCUGGUGAUCGCGGCGUGCUCAUUGUCAGCUACGCGACGCAUAAGAAGAAAGCCUACUCGUUCUUCCUGGUGCAGAGCGAGUACGGCGACAUCUACAAGGUGACACUGGCGUACGAGGGCGAGGCGGUGACCGAGCUAAAGAUCAAGUACUUCGACACCAUUCCGCCGUGUACUUCCAUUGCCGUGCUGAAAACUGGCUUCCUGUUCGCGGCCAGCGAGUACGGCAACCACGCGCUCUACCAAUUCGUGGGCACGGGUGAGGACGAUGAGGAUGUGGAGAGCAGCAGCGCCGCGUUGGUGCAGACGGAGGAGGGUUUCCAGCCUGUUUUCUUUGAGCCACGGCCGCUGAAGAACUUGCUGCUCAUUGAUGAGAUGGCCUCGCUAAUGCCCAUCACGGAUAUGAAGGUGGCCAACCUGCUGAAUGAGGAAAUCCCGCAGAUCUAUGCGCUGUGUGGCCAUGGUCCGCGUGCCUCUUUGUCCGUGUUGCGCCCUGGGCUCGCGGUGACGGAACUGGCGGUCAGUCCGCUGCCGGGCGCGCCUACCGCGGUGUGGACAGUUCGCCGCAACGCAACCGACGAAUUCGACGCGUUCAUUGUUGUGUCGUUCGCAAAUGCUACGCUGGUGUUUAGCAUUGGCGAGGAGGUUAAGGAGACCAACGAGAGCGGGUUCUUAGGCACCGUUCCGACCUUACAUACGCAGCUGCUGGCGGAUAACUCGAUGCUGCAGGCAACCUUUUUUGACCUAUCUGAGCCGCAGGUCUAUCCGGGUGGUCUGCGUCACAUCAAGCCUGACCGGCGCAUUAACGAGUGGAAGGUACCCGGGCGGCGCAACAUCAAGGCCGCGGCGUCAAACGAGAAGCAGGUGGCAAUUGCGCUUCAGGGCGGUGAGGUGACCGUGUUCGAGCUGGAGGUUGGCACGGGCCUAUUGGUGGAGGCGGAGAAGCGCGACCUGGGCGAGGACGUCUCCUGCUUGGAGAUCCCACCGGUGCCGGAAGGCCUGGUGCGCUCCUCCUUCCUUGCCGUGGGUACCUAUGACCAAACCGUUCGGGUGCUAUCGCUGGACCCGGGGCAGGGCCUCAAGAACUUGUCCAUGCAGGCUCUCAACUCGGUGCCUGAAAGUAUUCUGAUGCUGUACAACACGGGCCCCGGUACCGAGCGCGCCACCGAGGGCGGUCUGUUCCUGCACGUGGGUCUGCAGAACGGAAUUCUCAUCCGCUCCGAGGUCGACCGCAUAAGCGGCCAGCUCACAGACAGCCGUACCCGUUUCUUGGGCACCAAGCCGCCCAAGCUGUUUGCCGCGGCGGUCCGCGGCAACCGCUGCAUGCUCGCGCUUUCCAGCCGGCCCUGGCUAGGGUACAAUGACCAGGGAAGGUUUAACCUGUCACCGCUAUCGUACGAGGCGCUCGACUACGCAUCAGGCUUCGCAUCGGAUCAGUGUCCGGAGGGUUUCGUGGCGGUAGUGAAGAGUACGCUGCGUAUUCUGGCGGUGGAGAACGUGGGCGACGCCUUUAACACACAGGCUUGCCGACUGCGUUAUACUCCCCGCCGGCUGCUGAUCCACCCGGAGACCAAGCUGCUGAUGAUUGCGGAGUCGGACAACGCUGCCAUCCCGCUGGCAGAGAGGGAGGACUUGCAGGCCAAGCUGGCGGCACUGGCGGAAGAGGAGGGGGCGCCCGUGCAGGGUGUGGAGUUCAACGACGAGCUAGCCGCCCUGGAAGAGCAGUUUGGUGCCCCCAAGGGCCAGCCAGGCCAGUGGGCGGGCUGCCUGCGCCUGGUGGACCCCGCCACUCUGUCCACGGUUUUUGUGACGGAGGUUGACAACAACGAAGCGAUCGUGUCCAUGGCGCUGGUGGAUUUGGUAUUGCCCGCAGGGCCAGGUUUUGGCGGCACGGAAAAGCUGCUGGUGGUGGGGUGCGCCAAGGGCCUUAGGUACAUGCCCACGGACUGCGAGGCUGCUUACAUCCGGGUCUACCGACUGGCUGACGGCGGCAAGCGGCUGGAGCUGGUGCACAAAACUAUCGUGGACGGUGGCGUGCCAGGAGCCUUGUGCGGCUUCAAAGGGAGACUCCUGGCGGGCGUGGGGCCAACGCUGCGGCUGUAUGACAUGGGCAAGAAGAAGUUGCUGCGAAAAUGCGAGUACAACAGGCUCCCACAUCAGAUAAUGAACAUCACGGUGCAAGGUCCGCGCAUCUACGUGGGCGAUGCUCAGGAGUCGGUGCACAUGAUGCGCUACAAGAAAGCCGAUAAUGCAUUUUACAUUUUUGCGGACGACAUUGCGCCGCGAUACCUGACGACCAUUCUGCCAUUGGAUUACGACACACUUGCGGCGGGGGACAAGUUUGGGAACUUCGUGGUGCUGCGGUUGCCGAGGGAGGCAUCGCAACAGGUUGAGGACGACCCCACGGGCGGCAAGAUGGCGGCCGCCAGCGGGCGGCUCAACGGCGCACCCCACAAGUUGGAGGAGGUGGUCAAGUUCCAUGUGGGGGAUACCAUCACGUCGCUGCAGCGUGCGGAGAUGCAGGCGGGUGGGCAGGAGGUGCUGCUGUAUAGCACUGUGAUGGGCGCCAUCGGGGUUCUCUACCCCUUCACCAACCGUGAGGAUGUUGACUUCUUCGGCCACCUGGAGAUGCAUCUGCGUCAGGAGCACCCACCAUUGUGCGGAAGGGACCACCUGUCCUUCCGCUCCGCGUACUUCCCUGUGCGGAGCUGCGUGGACGGGGACCUUUGUGGCCAGUACGCAUCGAUUCCUGCCAAGAAACAGCAGAUGAUUGCGGAGGCCAUGGACCGAACUCCGGGAGAGAUGCUCAAGAAGCUCGAGGACAUCCGCAACAAGAUCUUGUAGAUGAGCGAUUUGUAUGAUAGGCUAUGGGGUGUCUGUAAACGCGCUUCAGUAAUUUUGCCGUUGAUCCUGUAAGUUACGUGGCGAUCUGCAGUCGUCUGUGGUGGGAACGGUAUGUUUUUUGGGACUGGGGGUGGGCAACUCUUGUGCACAGCCUUUUCUGGGGACACUUUCCUGACGGGACUUUAUCCAUGCACGUGAUGUAGCUGUUUGUACCUUACUGUACCGAGCGAGAUAGUGUUUUCAUAACAGAUGUGGUACUGACCAAAGGGACCAACUGGACUGAUGAAUACUAUGUUGCUGGUAAGAGCCUUAACCUGUUGUAGGUGGUGUCGUUCGAUGCAUAUGGCGGGCAAAUGAGGGGGACUGUGGACAGAGCACCGACGAUGCGAAAACCCUAAGUGCUUGGAAAGGGCGCCUCUGGCGUGGUACAGCGGCUGAGUGACGGAAAGCAGGGUCCAUGGUGCAUGCCACUUGACAGGCACGUAAAGGAGAGGCAUGGUACGGUAACUGCGAUGUGACUGUUUGUGUCGUUGCAUCUGAGCAGAUGUGGCGUACCGAGGGCAGUGCCACGCAGGCGGUCAGGCUGGCAGGCCAACUUUGUGACUGAGUUUACAGGGCCGGAGGUGCAAUUGCGCGUUGUGUUUUCGCUGCACAGUGGUUUCCGGCUUUGGUGUGACCCUCAGGUCUGUCGCUUGACCAUUGCGGUCCGUGACAGGUAUGGCGUGAGGAUGGCAUGUAUCCAUAACGCUAAUUAGCUGCAUCUUACUGUUACUGCUGUUAUGGUUGUUAUCCCUGUAAUACUACUUGCCAGUA